AUGGAGACGAAUAUUAAUGAGCCCAACACCACCUACUCCGCCGACAAAGUGCUUCUCGACCGAUUCAACCAACCGAUCAAGUACGAAGGCAACCCUGCUGCGCUCGCCGGAUUGGCAGAGGAGAUAGUCGAUGCCCUCAAGCGCCAACGCAUCUUCUAUCCACUCUUCGCAAACCGCGCGGUCGCCAAGCCCGACGGCAAAAUGCUAGUCGCCGACAGAGACUCCGCAUUAUUCGUCAAUGGCACCUAUGAUGAUGGUGAGACGUAUGGCUACGAUAAGCCCUGCCCUCCGUCAGUCAAGCGCAUUGAGACGUACACCGCGAACCGGACCGCUCAGUUCACCGAGCUCGAGUCUGACGCGGCGCGCACCGCUUUCCAAGCCAGCACUCCAGCCUUCACAUCCCGACAGCUCGAUGCCGAUGAGAGAAAAGAGACCUUCGUGCAAGAGCACUUCGUGCUGAUGGAGCUACAGCGGCUUGCGAACGUGAUCAAACUCUGCUUCAAGGACUUCCCUACGCACUUCACGAGAAGCUUCCAAGCGUCCAGUACACCGAGGAAGAUAGCGCGAGCGAUCGCGAUCAACGCCGCGUCGAACUUUAUCCUCACUGGCGCGCCUCCGCUUCUCAACAAUGACACCUUCGACGACUGGACAAGGGACUUCGAGAAGACGCAGCGGCGCGUCCCACCUGCUCUGCGCGUCAUCGCCUCCGACACCGCCAAGAUACAGAGGAUCGACCAUCUCUUCGUCACUCAACCCGACAUCUCCAACGAUUGGCGGACCCACAUCAGGGUCGAGAGGUACAUCAAGAAGGAGAGUGGCGAGGCCGUAUCCUACGAGUGGUACGUCGAGCAGGCAGAGUCUUUCCUCCGCCGUCGAGCCGCCCAAGACGCGCUGCGUGACGGGCUUGCCAACAAGGUCGCCCUCGCUGCCGAGGCCUCCAACAAGGACCUGUCCAACCAGAUCGCCGCGAUCGUCGACGCCAAGCUCGCCACCGACCCCAACAAGAACGUGACGUCGGAGCAGGCCAAGAAGAAGGCUGAGGACGACGUCCGGCGGGCCGCGAUCAACGCUUGCAAGGACGGCGACGGAAAGUUCUUCACCUGGUGCCCGUUCAUGAAGCUCUGCGUCUGUAAGGAGCUUGGCUUGAGCGACGGCAAGCACCACUUCGAGAGCGGCGAGUGCCCGCUCAACAAGCCCGGCUGCGACCCUGCCAAGCUCGCUGAGGCCACCGAGCUGAGACGGCGACUCUUCGGCGGCAAAGGCAAGAAGAAGGCCAACAAGCAGAGCGCUAACAUGUGGGAGUCCGUCGACGCCUGCCCGUGCUGCGAUGACGAGGCUCGCGGCGACCUCGAUGACGGAGACGGCAACGCCAUCGACCCCAACUCGUACUAUGCCAAGUUCAAGGCUGCCUUCGAAAGCGAGUGGGACAUCGUCGACGAGGGCGAGGUCGACGACGUUCUCGCCAUGCAGGUCGUCCGCAACGAUAGCGGGUCCGUCACCAUCCACAUGGAGAAGUACGUGGAGAAGGUCCUCGGGCAGCUGAGCCGCCUCCGCACCCUCUGGCUGAAUGAGAACCCGAUCAGCGCGAUCGAGGGCCUCGCACCGCUCGCUGCGCUGCAGUCACUGUGGCUGGCCAGGACUGCGAUCAGCUGCGUCGCGGACGCGCUUCGCUGCAACGAUGCGCUGGAGGAUCUAAACCUGUCCGCCACAGCAAUCGGCAACUUCAAAGACAUCCCUAGCCUAGCACGGCUGCCGCAGCUAACCUCGCUCGCGCUCUCCGACCCGCACUUUGGCGAAUCGCGCGUGUGCUCGCUGUGCAACUACCGCACGUACCUGAUAUUUCAUCUCCCACGGCUCGCCGUCCUCGAUACACUGGCUGUCACGAACGACGCGCGAGGCCUCGCCGAGGCCACCUACAUGAAGAAGAAGAUGUACUACAACAUGCGCAUCAAGACCUUGCAGCGAAACACAACCAACGUGGUUCGCAAGCUGGGCGAAGUGAGGCAGGCCAAGGUGUCGCAGGUGAACUUAAACCUCAAUGUGUUACUCCGCCAGCAAAAGGACGUGGAGCGAGAGAUGCACGAGCUUUGCAGCGGCGGCGGCGGCGAACCAUUGCUGCGCGAUAAACUAGCAGUGCUGCGGAGCGGCGUCCAAGCCAAGCAGGCAGAGCUUGCCGAGACGGAGGCGGUGGCGUCGGCAGCGCGAGCGGCGGUACUCGAGAGAUCGCAGGCGUCCACCCGCCGCCUGAUGGUGGAGCUAGAAACCGGGGGCAAUAUUCGGCUCGAGGACGGCAAGCCAUCCGACGUUUGGUACUCCUCGUGCGUCGAUCUUGUCCUCUCGCGCUUUGUGCGAAAGGAGUACGGUCCGUACGGAAUCGACGGUCUGCGGGUAACACGGGUGACGCGCAUACACAACCGACAGCUGCGCAAUCUCUUCGAGGAGGCGCUCGAGUCGCAGGUCAACACAACCAACGGCGGCUACAAGCGCUCCCUCGAGUACCUCUUCUACGGCGAGCACCCUCGCCUCCCGGGUGAGCUAGCGCGCGUGAUGGAGGACGGCUUCCGUCCUGCGGUCGAGUACGCGCCAAGCCACCUAAACGCUGCGGUCCCACUCUCCAAUUCGGUGGGCCUCUGCGACCUACCGCGCCUGCGAGCCGCUAUCGCGGCGGAAGAUAGCGCCCCCCUCCAGCACGGUGCCGCGCCCGCCGAGCCAAAUAGGAAGCUGCACGCGCAGCUUAUCGUGGCCAAGGUAUUCCUCGCCCGCUGCGCGCCGGAGACUGGCGUGGACGAGUCGGGCGGCCGUCGGAUUCCCAUCCGUCGUGAGGACUACGAGGGUCUCUCCUCUGUCUAUCGCUGCGUUGAGGCCGAGGGGAAGCAGCGAGAGUGGUUUGUGUUUGAGCCAUCGCUCGUGCUACCCGAGUACCUCGUCGAGAUCGAGUACCUCGAGGCGGGCUACACGCCCGAACACGAGCCGUCGAGCGCGCAGCUGCAGCACCUCGGCACGGGACUCGGGGGCAGCCUCGUCGGGGAGACCUUGUCGGAGACUGAGGCGGCCGAUGUCGCCAGCCUAACGCGGCCGUUGCUCCGGUUUGCCCAGCAGUGCGCGCUCGCCUCGCCCGCCGAGCCGUACGAUGACAGCUGUACUGCUGCCCUCAACAUGCCGCCGCAGCUGCGGCCGCGAGCCAAGGUCUACCAGAUUGAGCCAUCAGUUAUCGCGGCACAAGCCCAAGGGGCGCCGCUAAGGGAACUGCAGGUGCUAAACUUGCACGGGAGCGCCAUCCGCACCAUUCAGGGACUGGAGGACCUCCCUGCCCUUCGAGAGCUGGUACUGUGCUUCAAUGAGAUUGCAAAGCUCGACGGCCUCCAAUCAUUGGGCGCGCUGGAGCGGCUGGAUCUCGGCUUCAACCUGAUCAAGCGCACUGACGGCCUUGGUCCGUUGCCCGCGCUGCGCGAACUCGAGCUGAAUAACAAUCUGAUUUAUCGGGUCGAGGAUGUUGCGCUCCUUCGGCAGGGGGCGCCGGAUAUCUCGCGCCUCAACUUGCGCUCCAACCCGGUGUGUGAGUCCAAGGCGUUCCGCACGCACGUGCUGCGUAGUCUGCCGCAACUCGAGAGCCUCGAUGGGAUCGAAAUUAAGCGCGUGGAAGCGGAGGCUGCCGUCCGUGCCGUCGAGAUAGCGCACGCCAUCACACCCUCCCUGCUUCGCUUGCACGGCUAUGCGCAAAAGCGCUUCAACUACUCGCUCCGACCGAACACGAUUGCCGAGGAUAGCUCCCGAAGUUGCGCGAGCCGCACCUGCAACGACAACGCCUCCAUGGUGCCGUGGGAGAGGGUCGAGGAGAUCGACCUUAGCCAUUUGCAGCUGCGCCGGCUUCACGGCCUCGAGCAGCUGCUCGGCCUUCGCCGAGCCUCGUUUUGCAACAACGAGCUCUCGCGGAUCGAGGGGUUGGAGCAUUGUGCGCUGCUCGAGGAGCUGUCCCUCGAAGACAACCGAAUCGUGCGCCUCGAAAACCUCGCGCCGCUGGCAUUGCUCUGCCGGCUCGAUUUGGGCAAGAACCGCAUUGGUUGCAUAGAUGGGCUCGAGACGCUGACGCGCCUCACGCAACUGUCCCUUGAGGACAACGAAAUCACGUCCCUGGCCGGCCUUGCCGGUGCGCACUCGCUCAUGGAGCUCUACAUCGGCAACAACCGGCUCGAGGUGCUCAACGAGGUGCAGCACCUCAAGGGACUGAUGAGGUUGAUCAUUCUCGACCUCUCGGGCAAUGCUCUCUGCGUGACGCCCGACUACCGCUCGUUCGCCGUCUUCACCCUCCGCAAGCUCAAGGUCCUCGACGGGGUUGGCAUCGAGCCCGCAGACAUGCACUCAGCUAAGGAGAAGUUCGCCGGCAAGCUGACAACCGACGUGCUCAUCGAGCGCCUCGGCCACUCUUGUUGGGAGCGAGUACUCGAGCUAGACCUUUCACGGUCUAAACUUCGCGAGCUCGACGCACUCCGCGCUCAUGGGUUUUGCCACUUGCGCCGCCUCAAUCUCGACUCCAAUCUACUCGUGGACCUGCGUUGCCUGCCGCACUUGCCGGCACUGACCGUCCUGAGCCUCAGCCACAACCUCGUGCUACAUCUCGGCUUCAACCAGAUCAGCGAUGUCCCAGCCCUCAACCUCGAGUCGCUGAGGCAGCUGCGUGUGCUCCAUUUACAGGGCAAUGACAUCGCACGGCUCGAUGGCGUGUCCCAGCUGCACGAGCUGCGCGAGCUCAAUCUCGACCGCAAUAGAAUCCGUGCGCUCGACCCUGGCUCACUCGCUGGGUUGUCGCUGCUGCGCGAGCUGCGCAUCGAGGAGAAUGGGCUGCGCUCAUUGGAGCACAUCAGCGCCGCCUCAAACCUCGCGACGCUUGCCCUCGGCUCGAAUCGCAUCAGUGACCUUGCGGAGCUAGAGAAGCUGACCGAAUGUGCUGCUCUGCAGUCUCUGGCUCUCGCGAACAACCCGGUGGCGCGCAGGCAACUUUACCGGCCGUCUCUAGUGCGGCGCAUGCUCUCUCUACACGUGAUUGAUGGGCGCGAGAUUUCGCCAGAAGAGCGCGCUCGGACCGAAGCCAUGUACAGUGCCGAGGCGCGAGCCGCCGCCGCCACUCAGGCUCAUUUCACACAGGCCCACCAUAUGGCACACCACGGCGCGACCUCUGAGGUCCGAAGCUACGCGGCAAAGGUCCCGCUCAAACUCACUUCGAUGAAUUUCGACCAGCUAGCCCUCGGGGGCGCAGACUUUGGAGGCGGCAGUGGCGGCGCAUACUCCGGCUUGGUCGGGCCGGCGGUGGCGAGUGGCUACCGAGAGAGCAGCGGCCAGAAUCUCGCCAUGGCAGCUCAGCAGCUGCAGCGCGGAAGCCUCGGGACCAGUGGCUUUGAGGCCGCACUGCGGACCGCACGGCGCGUGGACAGCGGAGGGGUGCGGGCUGGCGAGGGCCAGGCCGACUACAGCAGCUUCCGAGAGUACAACCAAAGUCGGAGGGUCAAAACUGGGCUGUGA